UAUAUAAUUAGAGUAAAACAGAAACAAGAAAUCAACAAACACUUCAAUUUCACAGCAAUUGCUCACGAGUAAACCAUCUUUUGAGAAGAUGAUGAGAUCAACGAAUUCUGUUACAGCUGAAAAGGUUAGCAAUUAUAUUCAUGAUGAUCUUGCAUUUUCCAUUCUGUCCAAAUUGCCUCUUAAAUCUUUGAAACGGUUUAGUUGCGUACGUAAAUCAUGGUCUCGCUUAUUUGAAAAUCCUAAUUUCAUGAACAUGUACCGUAAUUAUUUCAUAUCUAGUACUUAUGAGGAGGAUGGUUCAUAUCCCGUACUUAUGAGGAGGAUGGUUCAUCAUGUGUUAUAUUUGCUUUUUGGUGAGAGGUUUGAGAAUAAGGUCAAAUUAGAUUGGCCACCUCCAUUUCAAGAGGAUAAUAUAGGUAUUCAUAUUCUAGGUCCGGUUAUUAACGACAAUUUUUGUCUCUAUCAAGGACGAGAACCUGUUGUUAUAUUAUGGAACCCAGGUACCGAGGAAUACAAGGUCCUUCCUCCCAGCCCUACCGAAUCACCUGUAAUUUAUGAGGAAGUCUAUUAUUAUGUUCAUGGAUUUGGUUAUGACCAUGUUAGAGAUGACUACAAAGUCAUUCGAUACGUAGAAUAUCUAGAUGUACGUGAUGAUUUUGAAGAUGAUAUGGAAGGUGAGCCAAUUAGCCUGUUACGUGACGACAUGUGGGAGAUAUAUAACCUAAGAAGCAACUCUUGGAGAAAACUUGAUCUGGAUCUGCCUCGUGCUCAUCGCGGUUGGGUAGGUGUCUACGUGUACAUGAAUGGAGUAUGUCAUUGGUAUCAAGAUGAAUUUGAGCAUAAGGGAUAUUUGGUGUCAUUUGACUUAAGCAAUGAGGUGUAUUGUACAACACCCCUGCCCUUGUAUAUGAAUGAUGGUUUUGAUUCUGUAUUUUUGUUGAGAUACUUGAUGGUAUUAAAUGACCACAUUGCUUUGAUCUCAAACUAUGUAGAAAUGACUACUUUUCACAUAUCUAUUUUGGGUGAACUCGGUGUGAAGGAGUCUUGGACUAAACUCUUCAUUAUUGGGCCUUUACCUUGCAUUGAGCAUCCUAUUGGAGAGGGAAAGAAUGGUGAUUUAUUCUUCAGUAGAAAAGAUGGCGAACUAGUCAGGUAUAAUUUAAGCACCCAAGUGAUUGAUGAGCUUGGUCUUAAAGGGGAAUUUAGUUGUUGUCAGAUUGUCAAUUACAUGGAAAGCUCUCUUCCUAUUGGACAAAUAAUUGAUUGAUUAUUAGGGUUCUUUCCUAUAUGCACUUUUUUUACUUAUUUGUAAGAAUGAUAUUUCCUUUACUCAAUGACCUCCAAUUUUAUGUAAAAAAUAAGGUAUAUUUGGGAUCUUGAACUUGACAAGCUAAUGUACACAUCAUGGCUUUACUUUGCGGUCAUUUUUUAAUAAAUUGAACAAUAUUAUCUGUUCUGUUAAAUA